GUGAGAGACGGCGUGACGGACUGACUGACUUCCAGGACACACACUCACACAAUAGAUGAUAAUACCACCGGAUUAGCCGUCAUCCCCCUCAUCAUCAAAACCAGCCAAGCCUUUCCACUCAAGGACCCAAGCUUAGCCCGCACCCCGCCCAUCAUCCCCCGAAGGCACCCAAGACAAAAUCCAUUGUGGACCCAUCCCGCCCAGAUACGCGUGACUCAAGCCUGGUCCAUUCCGCUAGGACGGACGGGCCCAUGGCUGGGAUCUGGGGCAUCUUCAGUGGGUGUGUCAGCCCUGCGUCCGGCUCACGAUCUUCAAUCGAGUAACGGGGCAGUGCUCCGUCCAGCCCCAUGAACGCCUCGGCCAGUAGUGCGUCCAUGCACGAGCCCGAGGGGGUGGUCUUGUCCUCGGGCGUGGCCGUCAUGGCCGCCCUGGCUCCGACUGAGGGCCUGCCGGGUGCCCCGGGUCCCCCGGGUCCCCCGGGUCCCCAGACCGACUCUUUAGGCUCGCGCUCCGACCACUCUGGCAAGACUACGCUCUCGGCGCCCACGGCCGCCGGCUCGAGCGCUGGCUACCCGCCGGGUUCGUCGGCCGCCUCGGCCGUGGCCGCCAGUCAGCUCAAGCCCAAGAUGGAAGUGGUGUGCGUGAUCGACACGCACAGCACGCGCUUCCUGUCCGAGCGGAAAUUGGCCUGGGAGGAGGUCAAGUUCGCCUGCGGGCUGAUGACCUCACCCUUACACGAGGUGGUCCAGCUCCAGUUCGAGAAGCUGGACUUUGGUGAGGCCAAUGUAUUGGACUUGUUCUACAACGCAGACGUGGCCAUCAUCGACUUGUCGGUGGUGGUGCAGCAAAGCUCGCUCUUCUACCAUUUGGGCGUGCGCGAAAGUUUCGGCAUGCGUCAGAACAUCCUGCUCUACUUGGACUCGAACGGCGAGGAGACCUUGGCCUUGAAGCACUCCUGCGUCAACUACGCCUUUGUCAGCUACCACGUGCCCUCGGAUCACGGCACGCCCAUGGUCACGGACGCCACAGGCGUCUAUGAGACGGGUCAACGGCUCUCUUUGGCCACCAAGCUCAAAAACUUGUUCCAGGAGAUGGAGAUUCAAUCCAAAGUGCACAUGAAGGAAAAGUUCCUGUCGGACCUUCGGAAAUGCCGAGAAACGCUCACCGGCGAGAGCCUCAAGAAAGGCCUGCAUAAUAUGCGUCGCCGUUUGGACGACCCGAAUGUGAUCUCCGGAGAAGUGGUUCAUAACAUGCUGAUCAGCUUCCGCGAGAUCCAGGACUACGAUGCCAUGGUCCAGUUGGUUCAAGAUCUCAAGACGUUGCCCAAUCGGAAGAACUAUACCCACAAUCCGGCCAUCAUUUUUCUGUUUGCUUUCGCCCUCAAUCGUCGUCACAAGGACGGGGAUCGGGAAAAAGCCUAUCAGGUGAUUACGAAGGCCUUGGAGAGGAAAGAGAACGAGGUGCCGGACAUCAUUUGCUUGUGUGGGCGGAUCUGCAAGGACAAGUUCGUGGAGUCUGAAUACACGGACACGAUCAUGCUGAAUCAAGCCAUCCAUUGGUAUCGGCGCGGUUUUGAGGUCCAGCCCAACGAGUACGCGGGCAUCAAUCUGGCCACACUCCUCGUGGUCCAAGGCAACGAGUUCGCCACCUCGCCCGAGCUCCAACGCAUCGGCAUGAAAUUGAACAAUCUCAUCGGGAAGAAGGGCAGCUUGCACUCGCUGGAGGACUACUGGGACGUGGCCACGUUCUUUGAGAUCUCGGUGCUGGCCGAGGAUUACGGCAAGGCUAUUCAGGCCUCGGAAUGCAUGUUCAAAUUGAAGCCGCCCAAUUGGUACCUCAAGUCUACCAUUGGCAACAUCAAGCUGAUUUCCCGCUUCCGGAAGAACCACAACGAGAGCGAGGCCAUGUUGCCUGAGCGGCAGAUCUUCAACUUUUGGGUCGAUUAUUUCGUGGACGCGUGUGCCGAUGAUCCUGGCGACAUGAUCCGAUUCCCGAUUCUGAUUUGGGAGCCUUCCAAAGUGUACAUGCCCAGUUAUGUGACGGUGAAUAUCGAUAGCGAGGAGCAAUCCUUACAGAUCUCCAAUCUGUGCCAAAAGUGUUUGGUCAGUCAGUUGCAGGGCUCGGCCCAGUCGUCGAGUAAUAAGUGCAACAAACUCCACACAUGGCUCCUCACUGCACCCAUGAUUAAAUCCGUCACGGCUUAUCGCCGAGAUGAUCGCUGUCUUUUCCUCUACGUGCACUCGGACGACUUUCAAAUGUAUUUCCCGUCUGAAUCUUGGCGCCAAAAGUUCUUCGACCUCGUGCUCAACGUGACCGCCAAUGAGGAGGGAAUGAUUGCGGAUCUGGACCAAGCCCUCAAUUCGGAAACGCUCUCGUUUGAAUACGACGUGGAUGACCAGGGUCGAAAAGUGCUCUUGGGUCGAGGCACAUACGGCGUAGUGUAUGCCGCUCGAGACCUGAACACGCAAAUCCGUGUGGCCGUUAAGGAGGUGCCGGAGAAGAACCUGGGUGAUGUCCAGCCUUUGCACGAGGAAAUCAAGCUCCACUCGCAGUUGCGUCACAAGAACAUUGUCCAAUACCACGGAUCCCUGUCCGAGGACGGCUUCUUCAAGAUCAUCAUGGAACAGGUGCCGGGGGGAUCCCUCUCGGCUCUGCUCCGCUCCAAAUGGGGCCCGCUCAAGGGCAACGAGAGCACCAUUGCUUACUACUCCAAGCAGAUCCUCGAGGGGCUCAAGUAUCUUCAUGACCAGAAGAUCGUACAUCGAGACAUCAAGGGCGACAACGUCCUGGUGAACACCUACAGUGGCGUGGUCAAGAUCUCGGACUUCGGCACGUCCAAACGGCUGGCCGGACUCUGUCCCGACACGGCCACAUUCACGGGCACCCUCCAAUACAUGGCCCCGGAGGUGAUUGAUCGCGGCCAGCGAGGCUAUGGACCUCCGGCCGACAUCUGGUCGUUGGGCUGCACGGUGGUGGAGAUGGCCACCGGCCAACCCCCAUUCAUUGAAUUGGGCUCUCCGGAAGCGGCCAUGUUCAAGGUGGGCUACUACAAAAUGCAUCCCGAGGUCCCCAAAGAGCUCUCCGAGCGGGCUCAGCAGUUCAUAUUGCGCUGCUUUGAGCCGGAUCCUGACAAGCGCGCCAACGCGUCCGAACUGUUGGACGACCAGUUUAUCACAGAUAUGGGUAAGAAGAAGAAGACGAGCACCCGCCUGAAUGUUCACGCCCAGCCGUUGGUGGCUCAACAGCCAGAAUUUAGCCGGAGCACUUCCAUGCCCGUGGACAAAUUCAGUCGGACUCUCUCCAGAAUGGUGAACUCGCCUGAAGACAUUGCAGAGAACAGAGUGUUUGCGAAAUCGAGAUCGGCCUUGGCCAUAACCACCUCCUCCGUGCCCUCCACCCGUAACACUAUGAACAACUUUAACAACAGCAACAAUAUUAAUAAUGAUAAGAACAGCCGAAACGACGACGACGACAACAACAACAACAACAACAACCCCCUCAAGCACUCUGGUCCUAAUUCGGCACCUCUUGAGCAUGGCCUGUCACACGUGACCUUCAUCCCGAGCAGCAUCCUACCAAAAGUACUAACCGCCCAUCCCAUGUUGAGCACCAAUCCUGUUCCCAUCCCUCGCUCAUCCCAUGGUAACACCAACGGCAUCAUCACUAAUGCCCUUCAUGGGAAUGUGGUUGACCCUAAACGCAGGACUAAUCUCCAACAUCCUCACCGCCCGCCCCAUUUACUGAUCCCCAACAACAAUCAUAACCCUCCCAAAGGUGACGCCCUGUCCUCGUUCUCGGGCUUCGAGUCCGACUUGACCACCCACGACACGUUCGACAGCGAGAGCACCUCCUCAUCCUUGAUCAACCGCAAGAUCAGCUUGGACUCGGGAUGGCAUUCCGCCCACGACUCCACGGGCAUGGCCCUCACACCCAGCGGCUCCGGGAUUGGGAACAACAGUCCUUGUUUGGAAGGCAGUAUCUCCUCGUCCCACGUGCUGACGCCCACGGAUCAGUUGGAUGGCGAUCCCCUGCUCAAUUUGGAGGCUCGUCGCUCAUCCUCGGGUGGAUUACUCUCGCCAGAUGUAAUCCUGGAGCAGAUCAAGAGUGCCGACGGAUUCGAGGGUGGCAACGAUGGAGACAACUUCUACUUGUUAAAGAAGGACUCGCAAAGGCGGUUGACGUUAGUCAAGGUGCUUCAGAUCGAUCGAUCGGCCAUUUGUCGACAGUGGCUUCAACUCACCGCCAAAGACAUCCCGGAUUUGUGCUUGAACCAGGGCCACUUUCAAUUGCUCUUGGAUGGGAUUCGGAGUUUCAUCCCGGAACAAAACCGUCUGGCUUUAGAAGCGGCGCUCUCCAAACUUAAAGAGGAGCUGGAUUUCGACGGAGCCAAGAUCAAUCAGAUCUCGAUCGCGCUCUAUGCCUUCCAAGAGGCGGUGAAUUCGUCGCUACGAUCGCACAGUAUCAAACCGCAUUGGAUGUUUGCUCUGGACAAUCUCGUGCGGAGUGCAGUCCAAGCGGCGGUCACAAUUCUGACGCCGGAAUUAGGGGCCCAUCUAGCCGACCCCGAUAUGGUUCUCGACGACCUCAAAGCCGGGGCCAUGCUGGCCAAUUCGGAUGCCCAUGCGGAUCUAAUGGGUGACCUGGCCGAAGCCCACAAUGAGCCCGAUGGUGCGUCGACUUCGGGUGUGUCCACGGUGAAUUCUAACCCUGGGGGCAUUAAUUCCAUUGCGCAGCCCCAUCCCCUUCAUCACUUGCAGCAAUUUCAGUUCUCCCACAAUCAGGUGACGCACAUGCGCGAGGAGAAUGCCCGAUUGCUGGGCCAACUUCUGGACCUGCAGCACAAGUACCAAGAGCUUUUGCGACAGAAUCUGUCCGAGCAACGCCAACAACUGGUCAACCUCUCGGCUCAGAGCGCACCCAACACGCCCAACACGCCCUCCUUGUCCGUGGGAGCGGAUGCUUCGUCCGAAAGCGGUGGAACAUCGUGGACCCAGCCAGGGGCGGAUGAGGAGCUGGUACGGUGGCUCAGAGAGCUCAACCUCCAUGAGGGCUCCAUUCAGAAGUUUGUUCAAGAAGAGCUCACCUAUUCGGACGUGAUAGGCCUCAUGAGCCGAGACGAUUUACGCCGACUGGGCUUGAAAGCCGGCCCGGAAUUGCGCAUAUGGCAAGCUAUUCAAUGUCAGAGAGACGACAGAUCCAAGAUUUCUCGUCAAAUCCCCAUGCCAUCAUCUGCAUCAUCAGCAUCAACAGCAUCAACGUCCUAGUGAAAACAAACCAAUAAUUAACCUCAAAG